AUAAGACAAGUGUGGAAACCUCGUUCAUACAACUAAUCUUCAACUAAGUGUGUCGUUAAGUCUUUUCUGUGUAAAAGUUAUACACAUAGUAUAGAUUUAGCUGUAUAAAGCUGGAUUCAUUAACACAAGUCAGUUAAAGAUUUGGUGACGAAAAUGAUUUCGGCAUUUUUUCUGGUCCUUGUGUCAACUGUUCUAUGGGAAGUUUCUGCACUCAGCUGCUACAAAUGUGCAUCCAUCAACGACCCGGCUAGCUGCACCACUACAGCCCAAUGUGCAGGGGACGAGGCGUGUUUCACAGAGAGAAGGCUGAGCGGUUCACUCACGGAGUACUUCAAUAUGGGCUGUGAGAAGCAGAUGGUAUGUGACGUCAUAGGUAGUGACGUCAUCAUUGGCAGGAAAAGAAACCUCAAGACGUCACCGCUGGUUGACAGGAACAAACGUGACGUCACGCUAUGCAACAAGUGCUGCUCUACAGACAACUGUAACCAAAAUAUUUGCUCGGACGUAGAGAUCACCCCCACCGUGGGGAUCCCCUCAACCUCUGAUAUCUAUGUCCGGCUGGUCAGUGGCACCAACGCCUAUGAGGGUACGGUGGAGGUGUUCUUCAACGGGAGGUGGGGGAGUAUCUGUGACGACAACUGGACGACCAACGACGCGAAGGUUGUCUGCAACAUGCUGGGUUACCAGGGAAAUGGAGCUACGGCCAUCGGUGGGGGAGCUUUCUACCCUGGCCAGAACAAUAUUUGGCUGACCAACGUGACGUGCCAGGGGACAGAACCCAGCCUGUACCAGUGCUCUCACGGCCAGUGGGGCGUGACCAGCUGUCUCCACCAGCAGGACGCGGGGGUCAUGUGCUCGUCUGUGACACCAGAAGAUGACGUCAUAUUUCUGCUGGACACCGGGUUUGGUGGGAUGAUAUUCCGCAUGAACCUGAGGAGCCAGUCCUUCACCCCCAUCCCAAUCAGCCAGAACUACGCCCCUGUCAGCUUCGACUACGACCCGAGUCUGGGGCGGAUCUACUUUGUGGACGGUCGUCUGCUACAGAUCACCAGCAUGAAGUAUGACGGCACGGACAUCAGGAACUUGAUGCAGCUCGAUAGGAACUCCCAGCCAGACAAGCUACAGUUGGACCCCCUCAACAGACGACUCUUCUACACCGACGACGGCAACAACAUCAUCGCCUCCCUCAACCUAGACGGCUCGGACUACAAGAAGGUCAUCACCACCAACCUUGACAACCCCAGGGGCAUCGUCCUCGACCCUAGGUCAAGGACCAUGUACUGGACAGACUGGGGGGCGUCUCCCAAGAUAGAGUCGGCCAACUAUGACGGAACUAACAGAGUAACUCUCGUGGGUUCAAACCUCAAGUGGCCGAAUGGAUUGGCUAUUGAUUAUAACGCCAACAAACUCUAUUUUGUGGACGGCGGGCUGGGGACGAUUGAGACCAUCACCCUACAGGGCACCAGCAGACGAGAGAUUCUCAAAGACCCGGGCUCACACUUCUUCUCCAUCGAUGUCUUUGGCGACUAUCUCUACUACACGGACUGGAACAGAGAUACUUUGAUGAGGGUCAACAAAGACGGCACAGGACAGACGGUAGUUGGUCCACCUAGCUUCAAGGAGUUGUCAGACAUCAGGGUUCAUAAAUACGGGACAGACUUGCCAGGUGUGACAACGCCCUCUCCAGUACACUUUGACCCCAGUCACGUGUUUGUCCGUAUGGGUGGUCUGGGUGACGCCACCACUGGUCGGGUGGAGAUUUUCGCCAACAGCCAGUGGGGCACCAUCUGUGACGACCACUGGGACGACAACGACGCCAAGGUCGUCUGUCGUAUGAUGGGCUUUGAUGGCACCAAUGCCAAGGCCACUAGCCAGAGUAGCCAAGGUAACGGGUUCGGUAUGAUCUCACUUGACGAGGUCAACUGCACGGGCACAGAGAAGCACAUCGUGGAGUGUGGGUUCGGACCCGACAACUGGGGCGUACAUGACUGCACUCACACAGAGGACGCUGGGGCUAUCUGUGAGCCGCCAUUGCAGCUCGGAUUUCAAGACAGCGACAUCGACAACUUCCUCGUGUUCUGUGAUGUUUACACUGGGCUGUUGGUACGAAUGGACCUCAACACUUACAGCUACACCUCUAUCGUCCCCAAUACGUCCCCUAACCCUGUGGCCAUCACCUUUGACCCCAACGACAAGAUGAUUUACUUCUCUGAGGUCUACAGCACGUCGUCCGAGAUUCGGAGUUCGAAUCACAGGGGGACGGACAUCAGGACAGUUCUACCCCCACAGACAGGCACUGUAAUAGACGGGCUAGCUAUUGACAAGAACCGGAACACGAUUUUCUUCACCGACGCUGGAAACAAACGGAUCGUUGCCAUGGCACCGGACGGUAUGGGGAUCCGAAUAGUUGCCACAAAUGUUGCCCAGCCCCGGGCUCUGGCCCUCGAUAAAAAUGCCGGUGUGGUCUACUGGACGGACUGGGGCACCGUACCUAGAAUAGAGAAGGCCAACUACGAUGGCACCAACAGACAGACGGUGGCCUCCACUGGACUGGUCUACCCUAACGGUCUAGCGCUGGAUGUAGGAGCUGGCCUGCUGUAUUUCUGUGACGCCGGCACCAAGACCAUCGAGGUGAUGAAAACAGACGGCAGCAACAGGAAAGUCCUGUACAUGGACAACGGCGCCCACUUCUUUGGCAUCACACUGACGUCACGCUACAUCUUCUACAGUGACUGGAACAAACAGGGGAUCAUGAGGCUGAACCGUGACGGUACCAACCAGACGCCGGCAGGACCAGAGAGCUUCACCAAGAUCAACGGCAUCUACGCAUACGAGUCGACUUACACGCAAUAAACUUCUGGCAUGCAC